UUCUUGCAAACUUCAAAUCAUCACACAUUAUUCAUCAGUGGCUUAUAUUUGUCUCUGUUUAGUUUAGACCAUGGAAACCUUUUGAGAAUCACACCGGGACUGAAAAAAUAUGCCUGUGAUCUCACACUGGAUCCAAACACAGCACACACUCAACUCGUCCUGUCUGAAGGGAACAGAAAGGCAAAACACGUCCAAGAUCACCAGCCAUAUCCUGAUCAUCCAGAGAGAUUUGAGCAGCAUGAGCAGGUUCUGAGUCGACUGAGUUUGACUGGACGCUGUUACUGGGAGGUUGAAUGGAGCGGAUGGGCUUAUAUAGCAGUGACAUAUAAAGGAAUCAACAGGAAAGGAGGAAGUGAAUCUUGGUUUGGGUACAAUGACAAAUCCUGGAGUCUGUACUGCACUGAAGACAGAUAUUCUGCCUGGCAUGAUAAUAAGAAAACUGAUAUACCAGCCCCUUCAUACUCUACUAGAGUAGGAGUGUAUGUGGAUGAGUCGGCCGGCACUCUGUCAUACUUCAGCGUCUCUGACACACACACACACUUACACACAUUCAACACCACAUUCACUGAACCCCUCUACGCUGGGUUCAGAGUGUUUAAAUCCUCAUUGUCUCUGUGUCAGUUUAAAUAAUCUGCUGUGGAAACAACUGAGCUGUCACAAACAAAUGGUCUAUAUUUUCAAGCAGUCAGAAAUGUAUAUUUUUCCUCUUUUUCUUGCAUAACUUAAAAAUAUUAGAAAGUUGUGAUGCU